AUUCAAUGGUCUUACGUCAAAUGUUGACAGAAAGGUCGAAAGGAGACUAUGUAGACAGUUUUUUUGAACUAGGUUAUUGUGUGUAGCAUAUACUGUUUUAUCAAAAAUAUAUCAAGUUUAUUUGAUGUCCUGUAAAAACAACUUUCGAUCUCAAUUAAUUUCCAAGACUUUAAGACCACUGUAAACAAUAAGUUUUUACAAAGCGUAACUCUUUGUCUACAACAUAAUUAUGUUUUAAACAAAAAACUCAAAAUGACUGCUAAAACUUCGAUCGAUGGAUGGAGUCUUCAUAGAAUACUUGGAAGUGGAGGUUUUGGUAUUGUUGAACUUUGGGCACAUGCAAAUGGCACAAAACUUGCAAUCAAACGAUGUAAAUGGGAUGUUACACAGUUAACAGAAACACAACGAAACAGAUGGAUUAAUGAAGUACAUAUAAUGAAACGUUUAAAACAUCAAAAUAUCAUUAAAGGAUUAGAAUUGCCUUUUAAAUAUCCAGAUGACAAAUUAGAAUUACCUGUACUAUGUAUGGAAUUUUGCAAGAAAGGUGAUCUUAGAAAGGUUCUAAACAAAGCAGAAAAUUGUUGUGGAGUUAGUGAAAAAGAAGCAAUUAGUGUUAUGAAAGAUAUUUCUUCUGCAGUAGAAUAUCUACAUGCUAACAGUAUUACUCAUCGUGACUUAAAACCUGAGAAUAUAGUCUUACAAUAUACACAAAAUACUAUUGAAUAUAAAUUAAUAGAUUUAGGAUAUGCAAAAGAACUUGGAGAAGCUAGUAUCUCCGCAUCUAUAGUAGGUACAUUAAAUUAUGUAGCUCCAGAACUUUUAUGGAAACAAAAGUAUAGUUGUUCUGUAGACUAUUGGAGUUUGGGCAUUCUCUUUUAUGAACUUGUCACUGGUUCAAGGCCAUUUCUUCCAAGAAUGCAACAUACUAUGACAUGGAUGCAACAUAUUAAAAAUAAAGGAUAUGAUGUUAUCCGUGCCUCUGAAUCAGAAGGAACAAUAAUUUUUGGCACAGAUAUUGCUUAUCCCACAAAUUUAUCAAGGUGUCUUAGAGAUAAAUUAGCAGGUUGGUUUAGAGUAGUAUUACAAUGGGAUCCAAAAAAGAGAGGAAAACAGUGUGAUGAAAAUGGAGUGGAACAAACUGUUGUAUUUCAAUUAUUGCAUAAUAUUCUCUCUAAAGAAAUAAUUCAUGUGUUCUGUGUAUUAACAUACCAAAUUUACUCAUACGAAGUAGUUCCUACUACUAGUAUUGCAGAUUUACAAGCUAUGAUUGAAAAAGAUACUACCAUUCCAGUAAACCAACAAACUCUAACUGAUUACUUUGGUAAAAUUUUUAUUGACAAUAAGCAACCACUUUUACCACAAGUUAAGGACCCAGUUCUAUUUGUUUUUAAACAUGGAAGUACUUUAGUAGAUAGCAUACCUACACCAAAUAUUCCUCCAAAAAUUCAAAAAAUGAUAGAAUUGUCAAGAACACAAUUAGAUAUUGAAACAGUAAAGGAUUAUUAUAAAGUAGCCACCUUUUUUAUUAAACAAGAAAUAUAUUUAUUUCAACUGUAUAUUUUUGCUAUAACUAUUGAAGUAGAUUUAUUAAUGAAAAGACGUAAUACAUUUAAUCAAAAUAUAACAAAUACGACAGAAAAUAUAAAUACUCUAUUGCAUAAAUUAUCCGUUAUUCGUACUGAACAGAAAAAAAAUUUAAAUGAAGAACGAAUGAAAGCUUUGGAAACUAAUUUUGUAAAAGUUACUAAGCUAGUUAAAGCUACUGAACAAAUAAAAUUAAAAUUUGACUUAUUUAUUGAAGAAAGCAAUGAGUUACAAAAAACAGCUCAAUCUAUCGAUUGUAUCAAAAAUUUGUCUCACUUAUAUGAUAAAGCUGUGAAAAUACUUGAGUCAUGUGACAACGAAAAUCCUCAUAAAAGUGCAAAACCAACAGAUAUGGUCAAAUUAAUCUUCAAUUUCUUACAAGUAUUGGACACACAAUUUCAUAAUAACAAUAUUCCUGAAAUUUUAAAGCAAACAACAAAAUUGGAAACAGAUCUUCUAAUACUGGAAAGAAUAUUUGAUUCAGUUCUUGCUAUGACAACUGUAUAUCAUGAAGAAAUUCAAAAUAUAAUACAAUUUACGUUUGAUUACAAGUCUGAAAUGCCUAAUACGAAUAUGUGUUCAAGUGAACCAAUUGAAGGUAUACAUAUGCAGGCUAUGAAAAGUUUAUCAAAUAACACUACAGCAAAUUAUGACUUAAUAAAUGACAGUUUAGUCAUACGUUAUACGUUCGAUAAUCUUUUGCUAGAAAUACAGAAGAAAUACAUGAAAAUGAUUGGUUCAGAGACAUAACAAGUUUUUGUAACUGUAAUAAAUCAUUCUCUGUUAUUUUCCACUUAAAUUUAAAUUCAUUCUUAAACUUAAUCGUAUAUUUGUGCAGUAUAUUUUAAAGUAUUUUAUAUCCGUGGAAUAUAAUGACGUACACCCCAUUUAAUAUUAGCAUGUUUAUCAGUUUUAAGAAAUGAGUAUGUAGGACCAUUUGCUGUAUUUUUUUGUUUCAUUUUUCGCCGGAUAUUAUUAGGCGGUGUUAAAAGAUCUGUAAAAGAUAUUAAAACUUAAUUAUUCUUUGGCGUCGUAUGCUGAUCUCAAAUUGGCUAUGAACAGAAAGUUUAAUA